AGAUCGAGAAGACAUUGCGUAUAUUUGUGAUAAAAAAUUAUGCAAAAAUUGAAUCGUAGAAAAUAAGAGACAUCACUUCUAUAAGUUUGGGUUGUGGAAAAAAACUAAUUAUUUUUGUAAUUCCUAAAAGAAAAUAACAUACCAAAUUUUAUAUAAAAUACAGAAUAAGUCCACAGAUGGUGUUGUAUCCGUAAUAAUUUUUGCACAACGAAUAAUCUAAUGAUAAACGAUUUGCUUUAUAUCAUACUACCAUUUUUUUAACAAAAACUGUACAUAAAAAUAGAAAAAAAUGACGGGUUUUUUUUAACUUGAAAUUAUCUUAAAUUAUUAUUAUUUGCUAUUCUUUUUCCUCCGAUCUAUAUAUAUAUAUAUAUACAGUCGUCUCUUCUAUAUACGCAUAAUGCAACAUUUGCCAUGUCUCUCUCAAUACAAUAUAUAUUGAUGUAUAUGUGAUGAUAAAGUGAAUUGAUCCAGGCGAAGGUCGUUCACGCGGUCUCAUUAGUUCGAUUGUCCGUUGACAGAUAUAUCUUAUCCUUACACGCUGCAUUAUAUAGGGCGAUGGUCUCCCUUCUCCCGGCCAACCGGGCGCUAUCGAUUGUUACGAACACCGUGUCCAGAACCGUAACUGAGAAUUAUAGCACCUGCAGCGAAUUUAUUUUCAAUGUUUUACAAAUGAUGUUUCUAUGAAAGUAAUCCUCCCAUUAAAUUUUAGAAAAGACAAAAUAUCUUAUUACUAUCAAACUUAAAAAAAGUAUUAACGUUGGAAGAACGUUGAUGUAACAUGUGGCAAUAAUUGUUAACAAACUGUAGUUAUAUGCGGUCGAGUAGACGCAAUAUCCUUUGAUUUCCCUUAAAAGAUUCUACAAAAUGAAGGAGUAAAAAGAAUAUUUUAUGCACGCAUGUUGUGGUACAUUGACUUUUUUAUAUAAUAAUUGUAAUACGCAUGAUUCGCCGCUCGAGAGGCGAAAUGGCUCCUAUAGACUAUAUAAGAACCAUAGUUACGGCUCUGAUCGUGCCGUUUGAUAACGUGCUAAAUGUGCACUUUCCGCACGCGAGAGCGGGUGUCCGUAUCCGCAGCCUUCCACCGGCUGCACCAGUCGCACGUUGCCCGAUGACGGACGCGCACGGGAUGAAAAUUAACAUGUCUUCGACAGCGGUACGCUAUUCCGGGGAUAUCACGAUAUCACGAAGAGUAUCGAUGCAAGCAAAUCAGUGUCGAUAAACGAGACGACGGAUGCUGCGACGAUAUAAUGGCAUCCAGAAAGCCGACAAAAUACGACGACUCGUAAAAUCACGAAAUGGAACUGCGUAAAAGCUCUUGGAAGAUCUUAAUCCUCGUGUGCGCGUUGGCCAUCUACCUCUGGAUGCUCCUCGUCGAUCAUUCGCACAUGUUAGUCGAUAUAUCGCAGAAGAUCACUCUGCAGAAAACGCGGAUCUCCGUGUCAAUGAAAAAUGUUCUGUAUCAAAGUCUCGAUCAAUCGAAGAUCGGAGAUGUAUCUCUGGAUGAUCGAACAGAUUCGAACUCGAAAAAACUGCAGUCGCUAUCACUCCAAAAUUCGAGCGACGCACUCAAAGGAACGGUAUUGAAAUAUCAGACAUUCAAGCAACAAAAUCUGAUACCAAGCCGACAAUUGCCGACUGCACUAAUAAUCGGGGUGAAGAAAGGCGGAACGAGAGCCCUUUUGGAAUUCCUAAGAUUGCAUCCAGCGAUUCGUGCUGCCGGCUCGGAGGUUCAUUUCUUUGAUCACCAUUAUGUUAAAGGAUUUCGUUGGUACAAACGCAGGAUGCCCCCGACUCUAAUCGGUCAAAUCACUAUGGAAAAGACGCCGUCAUAUUUCGUGACGAGCGAGGUGCCGAAGAGGGUGAAGUACAUGAACCCGGAGAUGAAACUAAUCGUCGUGGUGAGGGACCCCGUGACCCGAGCGAUUUCCGAUUACACGCAGGUGAAGAGCAAGCGCCGCAAAAUGCCGCGAUUCGAGGAUCUGGCUUUUUUGAAUGGAUCGAGAAUCGUGGACACUUCCUGGGUGCCACUGAAAAUCGGGGUUUACGUACGGCAUCUGGAAAGAUGGUUGCAAUACUUCCCGUUGUCGCAAUUCUUGUUCGUAUCGGGCGAACGCCUGAUCGCCGAUCCGGUGAUGGAGAUCACCCGGGUACAGGACUUCCUUGGUCUGAAGCGAGUGAUAUGCGAAAAACAUUUCUACUUCAACGCCACCAAAGGCUUCCCUUGUUUGCUCAAGUCGGAGGAUCGUGCGACGCCGCAUUGUCUCGGAAAGAACAAGGGACGCAGUCAUCCCUAUAUCGAUCCCAUGGCAAUUCAACGUUUACGAGAUUUUUAUCGGCCAUUCAAUCAGCGCUUCUAUCAAUUGGCGGGUAUGGAUUUCGGCUGGUACUAAAAAUUCACACCUAUCAUAUACAUACAUAUCGUAAGCAAGAGAAACGGAGUCAAUUUUCAUUAUAUGUUUAUCUUAUAGCGUAUUCUAAUGACGUAUUCUAAUAUGAUUGUGGAUAUGUAUCUAUCAGAAACCAGAUAUGCAGAUUACAGAUAUAUUCAGAUGUGACAGUAUUUAAAUACUGUCACACCUGAAUAUAUCUGCAAUCUGCAUAUCUGAUUUCUGAUAGAUACAUAUCCACAAUCAUAUUAGAAUACGUCAUUAAUUCAUAGUACACGUCAUUAAUUCAUAAUGCACAAAACUUUUUUCAAAUUCUGUUUUUUUUUCCUAAAUCUCGAAAAAAUCUCUCUUAAUUUUUAUCAUGUUAAUUUAAUGUACCGAAAAUAAUCUAUAAAAACUUAAGUCUUUCUAUAAGAAGUAUACUAUACAACAACAUGGAAAUCACUGCUUGUUGCUUAUUGUUGUAAAAUAAUUUAUCUCUAAAUUCAAGUACUUAUAUAAGAUUGAGUUACCAUGUGUAAAGACGAAUUCAUUAAGUUUACUAUCUCUUAAAAUUAUGAGCAGUACGGUUCCCGUCCGAAAGUCUUUACGAAAAACCGCCACAUAUCUAUAUUUCCUAUAUUUAUUAUAAUUAUAUUAUAAUAUUAUUAUAUAUUACAAUAAUUACAUAUAAUCAUCAAUAUAUCUAAGAAUCACAUCUGAGAUACUUCCAUAUAUGCAAUGAAGAGAUUAUAAAAUUUAUAUAAAUAUGUACAAUAAUGAAUGAAAAUGAGAAAAAUUACGUAUAGUUAGCUCGUAUAUAACGAAUUUUUUUUUUAUUUAGAUAAAACUGAUAUAAUUAUAUAUCUUAAUUAGUUAAAAAAAAUGCAAACGGUAAACUAUUUAUUGACUGUCUUUGUUAUUUAUUUUUAGCUCUUUAAUUUAAGAUGUUCCGUAAGUAAAACAAUAGUGCAAUAUUAAUAUAUCUUUUUACAUUUUAGCUUAGAUGUGCAUAAAACAGAAAAUGUGGUUAUUAUAAUAAUUAUGCAAUGAUUAAGAACGGAGUAAUUAAAAAAUUGUUACCGGGCAAAAAGUAUACGUACUAUCCCAUCUAAUCAUAUUUUAGAAAAAAAGAACAAAAUUUUUGUCGCAAAAAUUUGUCGAGUAAUCUUCGUAACUGCAUUAUCAAAUUUAAAAUAAUUUAAGUUUAAUAAAAAUAAAAUUUUUUAUUCAACAUGAUACGAAAUUAAUCUAUUACCAGCUAUAUAUAUGAAAUAUCAAUAGGGUGUUUCGUGUUAAAGAAAAAACAAGUUAUAAAUUUCAAUCUACUUCCUUAAUUUUUGAUGCUAUAUGCCGGUAAUUUCAUUAUCCAUCCACCCUAGAUAAUGAUUCAUUGCAUAUUAAUUUUCGACAUAUACCUAAUGUAUAUAACGGUGAAUAACUAAAAACAAUACCAAAAUUAACUAGUUCCUAAGUAUUAAAAACUAGUCAAUAUUAUCAGGAAAAAUUGUGGAAUAGCCACGUAGAAAAUUUCCGAUAUAUGUAGAUGAGAUUAUGACCCAAAGAUUAAUCAUACAAUGUAAAAAAUAUAGGUCUAAUAAAUAAUAGAGACAUAUUCUUUAACAAAUCGAUAAAUCGAUAUUCUUUUUUAAUAAACAUUAUGGAUUUAUCUCUGAUAUUAACCUCAACUAGUAAAAAAUAAGCCUAUUUCCAAUUCUUGCAUUUCAUGAUAUAUUCUGUAUAAAUUAUAAACGUUUAUAUAAGAUAAACCUUUAACAAGAUCAGAAUGAAUUAAAAUUAUUAAAAAUAUUAAAAAUAAAUUCGAAAAUUAAAAAGUUAAUUUAGAUGUAAGAAAGCAAAUUAUAUAGUGAAUUAUUCCAUAACUUUAAAAAAAAAUUAAGUUGCAAUAUAAUAUUAAUACGUUUUGUAUAUGUGCAAAGAAGAGUAAUAAUUGAUAUAAUCUAUUCAACGACUGUCGACGACGAUUGCAGGAUUAUUGAUCUAGUACGUAAGAACGAAAGUAGGCAACAUUUAGCGAGAUAGAUUUAGCGACGAUAUAUUCAUAUUCAUGCGAACGGCGAACGAUGAUAUAAUAGUAAAGCACAGUGCUUUUGCUCAAAUUGUACCACAGGGCUGUCAAUACAAAUAUAAGUAUUUCAUAUCAUGUUUUAAAUAUACAGAUGAUUUGACAUGCAGAACAAAAUAUGUAUAUAUAAAUGCUGUAUAAAAUGUUCAAAAAUAGCUGUGAUUCUUCCAACGAUAAAUCUUAUAUGAAUAUAUAUCCGGUUUUUCUUUACAGCUCUUUAAUUAUGAAUAGCAAGUGUUGUAUUGGAAAGACAUUAUUUAAUUUUCACCGAAUUAAAUUCGAUACAUAUCAUAAAGGUUAUAUCAUCGAUCUUUUUGAAACUUACACCUGUAUCUUAAAUUUGAUACAUCUUCAAAUGUGUAACAAGCCAUCGAUUAAAUAACUAAUUAAAUAACUUUAAAUAAUUC